CCCUCCUUGCACUAACCCGUCCCUUCCCUGAGAGCGCUCCCCCUGCCAGCAGCAGACCUCCGCUCUGCUAACUUCUCCUCGGCGUCACGUAAAGACAGUCAUUUGUCACCAUGUCCUCUGGAAAUGCUAAGAUUGGCCAUCCUGCCCCAAGCUUCAAAGCCACAGCUGUAGUGGACGGACAGUUUAAGGACGUCCAGCUGUCGGACUACAAAGGGAAGUAUGUGGUCUUCUUCUUCUACCCGCUGGACUUCACAUUCGUGUGUCCCACCGAGAUCGUGGCUUUCAGCGACAGGGUGGAGGAAUUCCGCAGUAUCGGCUGUGAGGUGAUCGGCUGCUCCGUAGACUCUCACUUCAGCCACUUGGCCUGGAUCAACACACCAAGGAAGCAGGGAGGUCUGGGUGACAUGAAGAUCCCCCUUGUGGCAGACCUCACCAAGACCAUCUCCAGAGACUAUGGCGUGCUGAAGGAGGACGACGGCGUUGCAUACAGGGGUCUGUUUGUGAUUGACGACAAGGGCAUCUUGAGGCAGAUCACGAUCAACGACUUGCCCGUGGGUCGCUCUGUGGACGAGACUCUGCGCCUGGUCCAGGCCUUCAAGCACACUGACAAACAUGGAGAGGUGUGCCCUGCUGGCUGGAAACCUGGCAGCGACACCAUCAUCCCCGACAUCCAAAAGAGCAAAGCCUUCUUCUCCAAGCAGUGAAGGUGUUCUAGCUGACUUCCUGACCGCAGCACUUGCCUUCAGACGAGGUGUUCCUGUGAAGCAGUAUCUAAUGGCGUCCAAUCUAAUGUAUUAAACCUGACAAAAUGUCCAAACUUGUUAGAUAAAUCUUUUGUUGCGAGUCUUUAUCUUUGUACGUCCAGUGUACGAUCGGUGGGGCGACCUCGUAGUCUCAAGCACUGAAAAUAUUGUUUUGUUCCAUUUUCAGAAAAAAAAGUUAAUAUUUUUCCUUGCUGUAAACUGAAUGAUUUGCUACCAUCUUUAUUAAAAACAGUGGAUAAAUUGUGA